CGUUGCCCUGUGUGCUACAGGUUCUCUUACAUCGACCUCCUAAGAGUCGCGCUGUAAGAAAGCAAAAACCCUCCUCGGCUCCCGUUUGAUUUCUCGAAGCUCGGCAACCAAGAGGCAGAUAUGGUAAGCGCCAGCGCCUCUCGGCUGCGGGGGGGUUUCGGAGGAGGAGGGGGUGGGACAAAGCACAGGCAAUCCUGGCAGCAUUUCUCCUGGCCCGCCCCAAACCAAUUCUGCUUUCUUCUCCAUCUUUCUCUUGGCUCUUCUGAGCAUGCUUUGUCCCUGCACCUCUGCGGGGGCUCAUUUUCUUCCAUCGGCUCGCUGCUGCUGCUGCCGAGCUGUGGAAAUGCAGAGAGUCUUCCUGAGGCUUCUGGUUCCUCCUUCUCCCUUCCCCUCUGUAAAAAAAGAAAGAAAAAGGACGAGUUGUUCUCCAAGGCGGCGGCAGCAGCAGCAGUGCAUCUUCGAAGCCUGACGCAAUGGCUUCCCCUUGGCUGGGAAAGGCGAGGCAAGGGUGGCUUGCUGCCUGCGUAGCGCUGCUGGCUGCGGGCUUGCGUCUCCAUCUCCAGCCCUUCCCAGCUGCGGAUGCGCAUAGGAAGGAGGAGGAGGCAGUGUCAGCGGGGAAGCAGCGGUACCAGCCCCAAGCAAGCCUGUGCUUUAACCCGAAUGCAGGGGCGCAAAUGGAGCCAUCUGCAAUUCAAAGCUGCUCUCCUGACUCGGAAGGAAGUGGGGUGGAAGUCGAGGGGGGGUGUUAUUUCACAGGAUGUAAACCUGAUUAGACUGGGGGUUAUCAGUGAUUAUAAAAUUAAAACCCCUUUUUAAAAAAAGAAUCCAAACAAACAAGGCGUACUAAAUGCAGCGGCGUAGCACGGGUUGCAGGCGCUCGGGGUAGGGCAAGUGUUGCGCCCCCUGGUGGACUGGGCAGCUGAGGUGGGUGGGAGGGCGCGCCUGCCCACUAGACCAACCCGCCUGCCGCCACGCCUCAGCUGCCUUGCGGGGGCACCUGAUUGCGCCCCUUCAAAAAUGUGGGGCCACGGACCACCACCACCCUGCCCGCCCACGCUACGCCUCUGCCAAUGUUAUGGGGUUGAAGCUUCAGGAUUCCACACACCCCCUUGGAAGUAAACGUGUUUCAUUUGCAAACAAAAGCAAUAGGUUUCCGUGUGAAACAAAAUACUCAGUAUGAUUGAUUUCUGCGCCACUAGCGAUUCCGCAAGGGGACAAAAGUUAGCACCAGUGCAGCAGUCGUGGGUCCUGGGGGGCGGCUUAUACCGAAGCUUUCUUGUCUUCUGCUGCAAUCCUGCGCUCUAGGAAGAAAUGCUAGAGGCAGGGGAGCUUGCUUCUGAGCAGAGAAGCAUGCAUAGGCUGGGGUGGGGGGGUGGGGAUCGCCACCAGUUCAGGAGUUGUCAGCUCUGCCGAUUUCUUGUGCGCAGAGGGGAUCAUCUUGGCAGAAGCCACGCCUUUGCAUCGCUCCAAGAGAUUCCGCAUAAAGAGCAGCAUUGUUAAGCGAGGAAUCUGUGUUAAGGAUGGGGAGCAGCCGGGAAGAGGGGGUGGGGGAGGGCAGGGCUGGGGACCCACCGAGAAUCACGUCGGUUUAAGUGGCAGCUCCUUCCCUCUCCCCCCUCCCCCUCCCAGCCCACAGAUUGGUCUGAAGGCAGAAGGCGAUGGCUGAGACAGCAGACAAAGAGCGUGGCUCCUCUGGCAGAUGUGACCAGAAUAAUUAUUGAGAGACAAUAAUGUUGCAAGGCGGCUUAACUGCACUGGUUGCCGAAAAGCACCCUCGCCUUUGUGGUGUUGCAGAUAGCUUCCGUCUAUACAUUUCCUGCUCUGGAACGACUCUUUAGCUGCCCCUGAAACUUUCCCAAUAUAAUAAAAAGAUACUGGGACUUAAAAAAAAACAACCACGCAUCCUCAGUUUUCAUGGCAAGAACAGACAGCAACAUGCCCUCCUUGGCAAGAGAUAGGAGGUUUGUCUUCUGGUCCAGACACCCCCAUUGAUUGAUUUCAUUCCCAAGCAUGUUCUCAGCCGAGGUCAGAGAAGGGAAAAUUGGCAAAACGGUAUAAUGAGAUCAUGCUGGAAAUAGACUCGGCUGUGUUAAUCCAUCACAGAACGCAGGCUCCAGCAGUCAGCGUGGGCGUAGUCAGCAAAAAUAAUUGACUAGAAUGGGUGUACCUAACGCGGAAGAAUACCCGGUAUUCCUGGACAGGGUGUGGCAUUUCUUGGUGUUCCCUAUGGGCUAAGGAAUAUAUCUUCUCAAAUGACUCAAUGUCCCUGAAAGCAAUGGAGACAAUACCUGGGAUUCAGCACAUUGUGCUUGCAAAGUGGAGGUGAGGAAAAGACUGACCAUAAGCCCAAGGGUUCAAAGGACUUGGGUCUUCUGAAAAUUCAGGCAUUUGCUAUGUGCCAUAUAAGGUUGAGCAUUCUUGGAUAAUACGUCUCCAAAUCUCCAUGAGCAACAGAGUUGGAUAGUGAAUUCACUGAGAUUCAUAGUAUCCAAGGAACAAUAGGCUGGGUGUGGCACCCUUGCCUCAUUAACAGGUAUGCUACUAGAGCGUUUAAAUUUCACUGGAUUAUCUUCAAGGGGCUUAAGGUGGCUCUCUCCCACUGUUUUUUAGUUCCCAUUUGAACAAGUGUUUUUGAACAAUGGGCUAGCACCUGCUGCACAAUUUUUGGCUUUUGUAUAUAUAAAUAACUUUUAUUAAAUUUUCUGCUCUACACUUUAAAAUACUCAUUUAAACAUCCUUAAAAUAUCAGUGACUUCCCUUCUUCUCUUCCCAUGGUUCAUUUUGCAUAUCAAAAACCCCUGCAUAUUUUACAAAAACUAAACCAUUCAGUAUUCCAUCAUUGCAUCCAUCAAAACUUAUUUACACUGUUGAAUUUAUCUUAAUUCUUCCAGUGUUUUCAAAUGCACACAAUUUCCCCCCAUGUAUUCAAUAAACAUUUUCCAAUCUUCUCUAAACGUGUGUUCUUCUUGUUCUCUUUAUCUGUAUGUUAAGACUGCAAGCUGCCCAUACUCUUGUCAGCUGAAGUUGCCAUUCUUCUUUAUCACAAUUAUUGGCUUUGUCAUUCGCUGACCUUUGCUUUUCACCUUGUACGCAUCUCCCACAAAACUGGUUGCCUGCGUUUCUUCUAUCGAUGUCCAGUUGACAGGACUGAGGUAGCGAAUACAGGUGUAGCUUACGAGCAGAAUCCUAUAUAGCAGGAUUAUUAAAAGAGCACCCAAAAGCAAAUCCCAAUUAAUACAUAUAUGUGCUUCUUCUUCACCUUUAGCGUGAGUGCAUCUCCAUCCAUGUUGGCCAAGCUGGAGUCCAGAUUGGCAAUGCCUGCUGGGAGCUCUACUGUCUUGAGCAUGGCAUCCAGCCUGAUGGGCAGAUGCCCAGUGACAAGACCAUUGGGGGAGGAGACGACUCCUUCAACACUUUCUUCAGUGAGACGGGAGCUGGCAAGCACGUGCCCAGGGCAGUCUUUGUGGACUUGGAACCAACUGUGAUUGGUGAGCAAACAAGGCACUUCUAAUAGCUUUCUAGCUAUGUUUGUGUCUACAGGAGGGAUGCCAGAGGUCUUGAUGCUUCCACUUGCUUCUCUCCGCAGAUGAGGUGCGCACUGGCACCUACCGCCAGCUAUUCCACCCUGAGCAGCUCAUCACUGGCAAGGAGGAUGCUGCCAACAAUUAUGCCAGGGGCCACUACACCAUUGGCAAGGAGAUCAUUGACCUGGUCCUCGACAGGAUACGCAAGCUGGUAAACAUGUUUUGUCUGAUGGAAGAUUUGUGAAGGAUAGAAAACGGUGCAACAUGAUCAUAUGUUGCUGUUUUGUUUACAGCCAUAUAACAAAUGUCAGUAGUUAAAGGAAGAACAUUGUUGAUAUUAGCUACUAGGUUAGUAUUGAAAUUGCAGAUAUACAUUAAUUAUAGACCUUAUUCUAAUGUUAGGGAUUACAAAGUUAGCUUGACAUUGGAGUUACAUUGAAGAUCAAGCUAACCUACUUGAAGAGAAUAUGUAUACCGUAAAUCAUCCUAAUAAGUUUAUGGGAAAAUGGAUGUUUCUUGUAAUGCUUUUGAACAGGAACCAAACUAUUAUUAUUUUUAAAUUCCAUUUUGCAAAAUUCUAAAUAUGCUCACUGGCCCAAAAAUCUUGGUGACACAGAAUGUCAUGAACUAGAUUGAUACACGUUCACUUUAAGAAGCUACAUAAGUAGACAGUCCUUUCUCAUCUAAACAGAAUGGAGAGAGAAUUUUUUUUUUUAUUUACAUUAGCAUCAAUUUAUCCCAACAGGCCGACCAAUGCACAGGUCUCCAGGGCUUCCUGGUCUUCCACAGCUUUGGUGGGGGCACCGGUUCUGGGUUCACCUCCUUGCUGAUGGAGCGCCUGUCCGUUGACUAUGGCAAGAAGUCCAAGCUGGAGUUCUCCAUCUACCCAGCUCCCCAAGUCUCCACAGCUGUCGUCGAGCCCUACAACUCCAUCCUGACCACCCACACCACCCUGGAGCACUCCGACUGCGCCUUCAUGGUAGACAACGAGGCCAUCUAUGACAUUUGCCGCAGGAAUCUUGACAUUGAGCGCCCCACUUACACCAACCUGAACAGGUUGAUAGGUCAGAUUGUGUCCUCCAUCACAGCCUCCCUGCGAUUUGAUGGUGCCCUGAAUGUAGAUCUGACAGAAUUCCAGACCAAUCUGGUGCCCUAUCCCCGAAUCCACUUCCCCCUGGCCACCUACGCCCCAGUCAUCUCAGCUGAGAAAGCUUACCAUGAACAGCUUUCUGUAGCCGAGAUCACCAACGCUUGCUUUGAGCCGGCCAACCAGAUGGUGAAAUGUGACCCUCGUCACGGUAAAUACAUGGCCUGCUGCCUGUUGUACCGUGGGGACGUUGUUCCCAAAGACGUCAACGCUGCUAUUGCCACCAUCAAGACCAAACGUACCAUCCAGUUUGUGGACUGGUGCCCCACCGGUUUCAAAGUUGGCAUCAACUACCAGCCCCCCACGGUGGUCCCCGGGGGCGACCUGGCCAAAGUGCAGCGUGCCGUCUGCAUGCUGAGCAACACCACAGCCAUUGCUGAGGCCUGGGCUCGCCUGGACCACAAGUUUGACCUGAUGUAUGCCAAGCGUGCCUUUGUCCACUGGUACGUUGGGGAAGGGAUGGAGGAAGGUGAGUUCUCGGAGGCCCGGGAGGACAUGGCUGCCCUAGAGAAGGAUUACGAAGAAGUGGGUGUGGAUUCUGUCGAAGGGGAGGGUGAAGAGGAAGGAGAGGAAUACUAAAGCAAAAUGUCACAAUGGUGCUGCUCUUACAGGGAAAUUAAAGCUAUUUAACAACAUUCAAGUUUUGGUCUGAUCAGUUAAUUUAUGUAGCCGUGUUCAGAAACCUUUGUUUGCCCUACAAUAACUGAUCUGUGCCCUAAAACAUGAAGGUUUUUAUUACAAGCCCUAAUCAUUGAAUGUUGUGGGUUUGUGAAUAAAAGGCAUUCCCUGUCCUAGAA